CGAUCUUAAUAGAACACUCGGUUUGCUGCCUGCUAAGCAUCACGACAUGUGCCCAUAGUUUUUCCUGUAGCGGAAGGAAACGGUGCGAAAACCAUGGAGCUGGAAGCGAGGAUAAGAAGAAGAGCGUGUCCGUGUCCGUGUCCGUGCAGUCAUCCGUCCAUCGAUGGCACUGGCAGUGAUGUUUCACACGCAUGUGCGAAUCCCUUUUGCCCAAGCUGCAGCUUUUUGCAGGCGUUUCCUUGCGCCCUGCGCUCUGCACUGCAGCUCUGCGCUGCACCGCUCUCCCAAAGCCGAAAGGCUCGGCCUACUGCAACACACAACCGCCCGCACCGAGCCACUGCAUGCACGGCCGUCGUCGUCAGUCGCAUGAGACCACGAGAGGAGAGGCCUCGCACCAUCACCACCACCACGGGCCACGGCUCCGUCACUUUUCCCCGACCUCUUCGUGUUCUCUUGUCAGCCUCCACGCACACACAAACACACACCAGCAGCCCGUCUCUCCUGUCCCCUCGCCGAGGCGCCAUUGCCUUCUUCCGGUCGCCUUUGAACAGUUCACCGGCCGGCCUCAUACAAAGCCAGACACUGCCCCAUUGCCAUUGCCUUCAAUAGGGGCAGCAGCUACCUUAGGCUAGGCACUUAGGCACCUUCUCACAAUCUCACUCACUCGCUCACUCACUCAUCCGUUCACUUUCAGUGAGCCUCUUGCUGCAUUCCAUUCUCCAUGGGAAGCGGCAUAAAGCAGCUGCUGGCGAGCUUGGUGGGUGGAGGCCACGGGGGCGGCAGGAAGGAGAGGAGGCAGCCGCAGACAGUGGAGCUCAGGGUCCGGAUGGACUGCGAGCGCUGCGAGCGCCAGGUCAAGAAGGCACUCGUCGGCAUCAGAGGGGUGGAGUGCGUGGAGGUGAACGGGAAGCAGCAGAGGGUGACCGUCACCGGCGUCGUGGACCCCUGCACGGUCCUGCGGAGGGCCCAGUCCACAGGCAAGAAGGCCGAGCUGUGGCCCCGAAAUCAGCAUCAUCAUCAUCCUAGCUACUGCUGCGACAACAGCGCCGCCAUCACGGCCCACUACGGCGCCACCGGGCCGGCCCAGGCCCAUGAAAGGUGGGCCCCGUCUCCCCACUCCAGGAGCGCGGACGCGAUCGGCGCCGAGAAGAUCGCCAGCCUGUUCAGCGACGAGAACCCGAACGCCUGCUCAGUCAUGUAGCGCCGCCGCGCCUCGCACAGAAGCCGUUGGUUUCUAUGCCUUGGCUUAGCUAGACUAGAUAGCCGUAGGAGUAGAAGCUCACUCGGUUCGCUCUUCUUGCCAAUUCACCUUGCCAACCCCUCACAAAAACAUGCCGUUUUCGGCAGCCCUCCGGGCCUGCCGAACGUUUGUUGGCGUGCCGAGGUUUUUUUGGCUGCCAACGAACCGAGCGUGGCUUGGUGAGAUCUCGAUCCGGUUGGUCUCGUGUCAUGUCGUCACCGCAUCUCCUGCUAGAUUUUGUAUGCUUUGUGCUUUA